UCUGUUUUUCUUCUCCUUCUCCUUCUCUUUGAAUCUGUGGCUGUACCACAGACCAAGAAAUCAACGUGGUAACCCACGAACCUACCUCCUCUCGAAUCGAAAUACCAUCUUCGUGAUUGAUAAAUGUGAUUUUGUACUUGGUAUUCCGGGAACUCACAAGGGUGGGAGCUGUCGUUCCUGUACCUGAUGGUGAGUAUUUGUAUGAUUGUUCGCUUAAGCUCGCUCCAUAUUUCGCGCACUAGGAGCCGGUGGUUGUGGAGGAUUCGGAGGGCGGGUGAUUUUGUUGCGUUGAUGGAUCGGGGGAGUAGGAGGGUUUUCUUUUUUGCGUUCAAAUACGGGUGUGGACUGUGUGUUGUUUUUGGUUUGAGCCAUAUUGCUAUGUUUUGCCGUUUUACGGUUGGUUUGUCUUCUAUGUCAGCAGAACUUGUCACGAUGUAAUAGUCUGCUUCUAAUUUUUUUCAGGGUCUGCAUGUGU